GACAUCCCGAUGACGAUUAAGCCGGCGGUUCGAGUUUCCGACGGGAAGCUGAUCGUGAACAACCGGACGAUUCUGACCGGAGUACCAGACAAUGUCACCGUCACGUCCGGCUCCGCGUCCGGCCCGGCCGACGGAGUCUUCCUCGGCGCGGCGUUUGACGUCAGCGACAGCCGGCACGUGACGUCACUCGGGGCAUUACAGACCGGCGUGCGUUUCAUGGCGUGCUUCCGGUUCAAGCUGUGGUGGAUGGCCCAGAAAAUGGGCGAGUCCGGCGCCGACGUCCCGCUCGAGACUCAGUUCCUAUUGGUCGAGACCAACUCGUCCGGGUCCCACCUCGAGGAGGAGAUCGUCUACGCUGUGUUCCUCCCUCUUAUCGAAGGCCCCUUCAGAGCCAGCCUACAGGGGAACAACAGUAGAGACGAGCUGGAGCUUUGUUUGGAGAGCGGUGACGUGGACACCGAAGCGGCGUCGUUUUCGCACUCGGUGUUCGUCCACGCCGGGACCGACCCUUUCGCGACGAUAACGGAGGCGGUCCGGGCCGUUAAGUCUCACCUGAAGACGUUUCGUCAACGUCACGAGAAGAAGCUCCCCGGAAUCGUUGACUACUUCGGGUGGUGCACGUGGGACGCGUUUUACCAGGACGUGACUCAGGAAGGAGUCGAGGCCGGUUUAAAGUCGUUAACCGACGGCGGGGCGCCGCCGAAGUUCGUCAUCAUCGACGACGGCUGGCAGUCAGUCGCCGGAGAUGAAAACAAAGCCGGCGAGCUGCAGAGGCUGACCGGAAUCAAAGAGAAUCCGAAGUUUCAAAACAAGGAGGAUGGGAUCAAGAACAUAGUCAACAUAGCAAAGGAUACAUACGGUUUGAAAUACGUGUACGUAUGGCACGCCAUCACUGGCUACUGGGGCGGGGUCCGACCCGGGGAGGAAUACGGGUCGGCUCUGAAGUACCCGGAUAUAUCGAAGGGACUCUUGGAGAACGACCCGUCGUGGAAAACGGACGUGAUGCGGUUACAAGGUCUGGGGUUGGUAAACCCGAGACACGUGUACAAGUUUUACAACGAGCUACACAGCUACUUGGCGUCUGCGGGUGUAGAUGGGGUUAAGGUGGACGUGCAGUGCGUGCUGGAGACGCUCGGAGCCGGGCUGGGCGGGCGGGUUGAGCUGACCCGGUUGUACCACCAAGCUCUUGAUGCCUCGGUGGCGAGGAACUUUGAAGACAAUGGGAUCAUAGCGUGCAUGAGCCAUAAUACUGAUGCGUUGUACUGCGCGAAAAACACGGCGGUGGUUAGAGCCUCCGACGAUUUCUACCCCCGCGAUCCGGUGUCGCAUACGAUCCACGUGGCGGCGGUGGCGUAUAAUAGCGUUUUCCUCGGCGAGUUUAUGCUGCCGGAUUGGGAUAUGUUCCACUCGCUUCAUCCGGCGGCUGAGUACCACGCGUCGGCCAGAGCCAUCAGUGGUGGACCUGUUUAUGUUAGUGAUGCGCCUGGGAAGCAUGACUUUGAGCUGUUGAAGAAGAUAGUAUUGCCAGACGGGUCGGUGCUCCGGGCCCGGUUACCAGGAAGGCCGACCCGGGACUGCUUGUUCACUGACCCGGCCCGGGAUGGGUUGAGUCUGUUGAAGAUAUGGAACAUGAAUAAGUACACAGGUGUGGUUGGAGUGUACAACUGCCAAGGUGCAGCAUGGAGCUCACUGGAGAAGAAGAAUGCGUUUCACGAGACGAAAUCGGAGGCCAUUACCGGUUAUGUUCGCGGCCGUGAUGUUCACCUGAUUAGAGAGGCUGCCACUGAUCCCGAUUGGAAUGGUGACUGCGUCGCGUACUGCAAUCGGACAGGGGAGGUUGUGACAUUGCCUCACAAUGCUGCUAUGCCCAUCUCCCUCAAGGUGCUUGAACACGAGAUUUUCACCGUCAGUCCCAUGAAGGUUUUGGCGCCGGGGGUGAGUUUUGCUCCUUUGGGACUGGUUAACAUGUACAAUGCCGGUGGAGCCAUUGAAGAGUUGAGAUAUGAGGAGAGACUAGUCUCCAUGGAGGUUAGAGGGUGUGGCAAGUUCGGUGUGUAUUCUUCAAACAAGCCCAGCAGGUGCUCUGUUGAGAGUAAUGAGGUUGGUUUCAGCUACGAUUCGGCAUCUGGGUUGGUGUCUUUGUGCUUGGAUCAUAUGCCUGAAGAGGGAAAAAGAGUACAACUAGUCGAGGUUGAGCUGUAGGAAAUUACAGUUAGUAGAGUUUGAACUUCCUCGGUUUUUCUUAGUCAUUUAGAUUCACGUUCCUUUCUUUGAGGGAAGGACAAUGCAUCAUUUCUAUUCUUGUGAGAUUUAUCUAAUCUAUGAAUCGUUUACGUUAAUGUCCC